CUCAACUGAUUAACCAAAAUCUAUCAUGUGCGAAAACUUAAACAAACAAUAUCAACUCUUCGAAGAACUCGGCCGAGGUCGGUUCGGCGUCGUCCACCGGUGUUUCUCUGCCGGAACCGGUGACUCUUUCGCCUGUAAGUCCAUCGACAAACGGCUCCUAUCGGAUACCACAGAUCGCGAAUGCAUCGAUAAAGAACCCAAAGUUCUUCACCUCCUUGGUGGAAACCCUCACAUAGUCCAAAUCCACGCUCUCUACGAGGACGAUAAUUUCCUCCAUAUGGUUAUGGACCUCUGCGACUCGCCGGAUCUCUUCGACCGCAUCUCGAAUCACGGCGGUGUGUUUUCGGAGUCGGAAGCGUUUUCUGUGUUUUCUCCUUUGAUUUCAGCGAUUAGUUAUUGUCAUCGUUCAGGCAUUGCGCAUCGCGAUAUCAAGCCGGAUAAUGUUUUGUUUGAUUCGAGAGGAAUGCUGAAGCUGGCAGACUUCGGAUCGGCUGAGUGGUUUGGGAUGAAUGAGCGGAGGACGAUGACCGGAGUUGUUGGCACGCCGUACUAUGUUGCGCCGGAGAUUUUGUCCGGUAGGGAGUAUAAUGAGAAGGUCGAUGUAUGGAGUGCUGGUGUUAUUUUGUACAUAAUGUUGGCCGGAGUGCCUCCAUUCUACGGAGAAACGCCAGCGGAGACGUUCGAAGCAGUACUGAGAAGUAAUUUGCGGUUUCCGACGAGGAUUUUCAGGUCUGUUUCUCCGGAAGCCAAGGAUCUGUUAAGAAAGAUGUUAUGCAAGGAUGUAUCUAGACGAAUUUCUGCUGAACAAGUUUCAAGGCAUCCAUGGGUUGUAAGUGGAGGUGAAACUCGAUCAAUGGCGGAUCUGAGCUGAGAAGAAAACCCUGUUGUCCUAGCAGCAGUACUACUACUACUAACAGAAAAGAGUGGAAGUUCGAUGAGUGUUUUGUAGCCCGAGAACUCUUCUAGGCCACCUUUCUUAUAUGUAGAUAGUCUCUUAUAUCUUCUUCUU